UUCCAUUCUUUUUUAAAUAAGAAAUCCUUUCCUUUCCUUUCUUCUAAUUACUGAUAAUAUGGCCACCAAGACAUUUACACAACAACGAGCUAUUCUUCGCCCCAACAAGAAUGCAGCAUUUUUUGCUCAUGAUGACGAUGAUGACGAUGAUGAUGAUUUAUACUCGAUGACGGAUGAUGAUGCCAGUAGUUCCAUGGUAUCAAUCAAUAGCAGCAAUAAUGCAGAUACACUAGUACUUGCUCAAUUUCUUGCUACCACCGGUCCUGAAGAAUUUUUGAAACCAUCCAAAAAGCAACAACAAAAUCCUCAAUUCCGUCGUGCUUCUCGUCUUUUCAAUCGAUUACGAAAAAAGGGGUCGACACCAUUCUUAUCUCUUCACAACAAUAGUAAUAUAUCCACAAUCAGCACCAUCCGAUCCACAGCAACAAGUGAAAAACAACAAAAAUCAACUUAUAUCCCGUUACCAGUCUAUCAACCACCAUCAUCCACUUCUGGUAUUAAUACUCAUCUUCCACCUACCCAUCAACGCUCAACACAAUCACCACCUCAACCCUCACCUACACGAUCUAUUACUUCAUCUACCUCACGACGUCAGCUUUCUUUACGAGAUUCAGGUAUUUAUAGUGAUGUGUCAGAAAAAGAAGAUAUGAUUGUUCCACCAGUCCCACCUCCUUCACUUCCUGCCAAAUCGCAACAUCGACCAUCACCUCAACGUCCAGCACCACUUCCACCUUCUGUUGCAUCUGCAGCCAUUGCAUCAGCCACCGCAUCCAUCCAACAACAAUCAUCGACUCAUCCCAUCAAUCGUACAGUCUCCAGUACAUCGGCUACUUCUAUGACAACGGAACAUCGGUCCGUGCUCCGCCAUUCUGGUAGUGUACCUGCAGCCGCUUUGAAACGACGAUCUGUCCGUGUCCGCCAUAUGCAAGUGCAAACUGAUCCACCCAAGGAAGAUGAACAUGUGUGUUCCCAAUGUCAUCAACCAAAACAAGAAAAACGUCGUACCAGUUGUCCAUCCGUCUUACCCACAGGCCAGAUGAAACAAAAGGAUCAUCAACAACUGCAGCUUUUGGCCAUGAUCGAACAACUCAAGCAACAAUUGGCCCAGGAACAACAAUCAAGAUUACAAUUGGAAUUGGCUAUGACUCGACAGCAAACUGAACAACAAGUCAAAGACGUAGCUCAAGAAAAGGAUCGUUGGAAAGGGGAUUGUCUUUGGUUGAAUGAUCGUAUUGCCUUGUUGCCAGAAUAG